CCCCAGGGCUCGCGCGCCAAGUUCCGAGCCGCGUGUCACGGCCCCGACCUGGAGGCGGCCGGGGCUGCCAGCGCGUCCCCAGCGCCGCGAGAGAGCCGAGAGCCCUGUGGUCCAAGUGUGCUGGCCCAGGCCCCAGGGGAGCCCUUCAAGCUCACAGCCACUCCCCGGGCCAAGCCCUCCAGAAACCCCAGGGGCUGACAGCUGCUGGAGGAUCCACCUCACCCAGCUGGCUCAGGCUCUGUGGCCCCAUGGCUACUGGGAAGGGAGUUCUGCGGAGCCCUUCAGCUGGAAACAGAUGGCAGCGUGAAUCUGAGCAGGGCUGGGGCCGGAAGCCGGUGCUACUGGAGAAAAUGAACCAUCUGGGCUCUGAGACUGCCCUGGGCGGCAGUGGCCAGGAUGAGGCCUGUGCCGAAAUGGUACUGUCCGUGGCCCCAGGCAAGCCCAGGCUGGGAAAGCUGAUGCCCCAGAAGACUUGGUGGGAACAGAGGCAGAGCGCCUUCACAGAGGUGCCUCGGCUCAGGAAGAGGCUCGGGGGCGGGCAGGCCCAGGACAGAGAGCACAGUGGCCCUGUAGGCCAUCCUGGCCCCCAGCAGCUGACCCUCAAUAUCCCCAGGGACCUAACUGGCAGCACCUGCAUCUCUGUGUGGCCCAGUGGAGCCUGCAGGGAGCAGAGAAGUGCCUUCAGCAAGCCAGCCAGGGGUCCAGCAGGGAGACUGGGACCAGCCUGUGUCUUUCAGGCCGGUGAACCUGCAGAUGCCCUGGGAGAGCUGCUGGGACUCAUCAACACGGUUGAUGUCACUUGCUGGGGUCGACUUUCCAACUCCAAGCUUUUGGUGGGUGAUUUCUGGAACCUGCAAACAGUGCCACCAAAUGCUGCUCUCUGCGGCACUUUCCUGGGCGCCCCCACGCUGUGGCUCAAGCACGCCACGGUCCAGAUCCCCACGCCCCCAUCGUCAUCCUCUACCAGCUCUUGGGCCCUGCUGCCCCCUACGCUCACCUCCCUGGGCCUGUCCACCGAGAACUGGUGCGCCAAGUGCAACCUGUCCUUCCGCCUGACCUCCGACCUGGUCUUCCACAUGAGAUCCCACCACAAAAAGGAGCGUGCGGGGCCCGACCUGCAUUCUAAGAGGCUGAGAGCAGAGGCCCUCACAUGCCCCAUUUGCCACGAGUACUUCCGCGAGCGCCACCACCUCUCCCGGCACAUGACUUCGCACAGUUAACAGGUGGUUUGGAGCAAGCGCUUGGCCGUGAGGCCAAGAUGGCUCACGGGGCCUUCCUCUCAAAAGGCUGGUCACAGUUGUCUGCAGGGCUGUCUCCUGGGGCAUUUGAGGAUGAACAGCUCAGUCAUAAUUGGAAAAAGACAACCAGCCCCCAUAUGUGUUUUAAAGGAAAUAAAGUUGUGAAACAAUGCACUUUGCUAAUCACAGGGUAUGAUGAAGAACAGGCACCAAGCGCUUCUGGCAUUUUCAGGAGUGGGGGCUCUUCUGUACACAUAACUUCUGCUCCACAUGGAAGCAAGUUUGGCACACCGCAUGGGCUUUGGAGGCAGACAGACGUGGAUUGGAAUCCUGGCCCUUUCACAUACUAGCCCUGAGCUUGGGCAGACUGCUCUGACCGAGUCCCAGCAUGCUUCUCUGUAAAGUGGAGAUGGUGGCACCUGUGUCUGAGGGAUGUUGUCAGGAUUAUGUGGGAAGAUGUGUGGCAAAUGGCCAGCACAUGCCUGGCAGUGUCACCACUAAGCAAAGAGUGCAAUUGUCGUGGUCCAGAUUAGUCAGCUGUUCACUGGCAGAAUCUCAGUGGCAAACAGUGCAGGGCCCUGUUUCUCAGCGCUGGGUCUGUGAGUUGGCUGGUGUCGAGCCGGGCUUGCCUGAUCUUCGUUCCAGGUUGCUUUUUCUCUCAGGACUCAUGCUUCUCUCGUGGUUAUGCCAAGAGCACAGAAGGACAAGUCCAAAUACACAAACACAUUUCAAGCCCCUGCUUCGGUCACUUCCACUAACAUCUGCUUGGCCAAAACAAGUGGAUGGCCAAACCCAAAGUUAAGGGGUGAGAUGUGCAUGGGGGGCCAAUAGGGAAGUCAUGAGUGCGUGUAUAAUCCUACAGGGGCUGGAGGAAUUGGGACCAAUAAUUCAACCAACACCUGGUCCAUGGCUAUUCACAUUCUGAAUACGUGCAAAUGGGAAAAUGAAACAACACCCCCUCCCCUUUCAGUUCUCGGGAAGCGACCGUGAAACCUUAAGGCGUGAAGCACUGUGAGGACGGGGAGAGUUGUGGAUGCUGUUUAUUGUCUAAUGCAUGUCGUUUCAAUACCUGUGCUGUUCAUCCACAUUUGUCCUUAUUCCUAAUAAUGCAAAAUUCAGAUCAUAAACUCUGC